AUGGCCUCGAUUCGUGAGUUUUAUUUUGUUUAAAUUUUUUGAAGCAGAAUUGCUGUUUUUUGUUUAUUCACAAAAAUUCAUGACCUUUUCGGUCAAUUAUUUAUCGCAUGAGUAUAUUUUUCGCAAGAGUCAUUUUUCGUAUGGAUUUUUUUCGCAUGAGUAUUCAAUUUUUUGAAGUUUUGAUUUUUUUUAAUUCAAAAUUGCACCCUUCUGGGCUUUCAACUAAGCCUAAGCCUAAUAAGACUAAUAAAGCCCAAAAAUUGAGGUUUUAGCUAUUAUUUCAUUCAAGGCUUAGGCUUAGUAAACGCCCAGAAAAACUAAAAACUCAUGCGAAAAAAAGUGGCUCUUGCGAAAAAUUACUCUUGCGAAAAAAAUACUCAUGCGAAAAAUAAACUCAUGCGAAAAUUUCCUGCGAAAAAAAUAAUUGACCAUAUUUUCAUAAAUUUGAAAUUUAGAGAACUCAACAAAUCUCGUAAAUAAAAAUCUUCAUAUUUUCAGAAUCGGUAUUCAAUAAAAACUCAAAAACCAAAGACGAUCUUCUUUCUCGUCAAGAAGCCAAAAAAGCUCUUGAAACUCUUGAUUAUGAUCUUGAUAACUUCAGUGAUGACUGGAAAGCGAAAUCAAAAAAUGGAUUUUUAGAUUUUUCGGGAUUCUCUGAAAUCUUGGAUGAGGCUUCGAAAGAAAUUGCAGAACGAACGAGACAUCAUUCAGAAGAGCACAAAAAUAAAACUCAUCGGAAAAAGACGAAAACAGUGAUUGAGGAAGAUGAAAAAGAAUCUGAAUCUUUGAAGAAAAACGAGGAAGAGAAGAAGAAAAAGAAACAAAAGUCGAAAAAACAUUCGUCAUCUGAUUCUUCAGAUUCAUCCGAUUCUUCCGAUUCUUCUGAUGACGAAAGUUCGAAGAAGAAACGGAAAAAUAAGAAGUCAUCAAAGGAUUCAGAAUCUAAAUCUAAAUCUGACGAAAAAUCGCGACAUUAUAAGAAAACUGUGGAAGAAGAAGAAGUUGAUGAAGAAGAAGAACAUCGAGAAACAAAUGAUGAAAAUAUUAAAUAUCGAAAAAAAGAUAAAAAGUUGGAGAAGAAAAAGGAAGAAAAGGAAAAAAUUCAUCAUAAAUGUUGUUGUGGAAAUUCGGAAAAACAUAUUCAUCGUGAGCAUUCUUCCCAUCAAAGUCAUACUGAAAUAUUGAAUAAAUAUCAUGAUUGUUAUAAUUGUCAAACACUUUGUCCAGUUUGUGGAAAGUAA